UCUCCUGUGAGGCAGCCUUCCAGCCUCCGCCUCCUCCGCCUCUCCGCCUCCUCCUUCUCCUCCUCCUCCUCCUCCUCCUCCUCCUCCUCCUCCUCCUCCUCCUCUGGCCCCAGCGAGCCUCCUGUCCAGCUGCAGAUGCCAAUGGGGGUCCCGAUGGGGAAGUCGAUGCUGGUGCUGCUCACCUUCUUGGCCUUGGCCUCGUGCUGCUUUGCUGCUUACCGCCCCAGUGAGACUCUGUGCGGCGGGGAGCUGGUGGACACCCUCCAGUUCGUCUGUGGGGACCGCGGCUUUUACUUCAGACUUCCAGGCAGGCCGGCGAGCCGCGUGAACCGCCGCAGCAGCCGUGGCAUCGUGGAAGAGUGUUGCUUCCGCAGCUGUGACCUGGCCCUUCUGGAGACCUACUGCGCCGCCCCCGCCAAGUCCGAGAGGGACGUGUCGACCCCUCCGACCGUGCUUCCGGACAACUUCCCCAGAUACCCCGUGGGCAAGUUCUUCCAAUAUGACAGCUGGAAGCAAUCGGCCCAGCGCCUGCGCAGGGGCCUGCCUGCCCUCCUGCGCGCCCGCCGGGGUCGCGUGCUCGCCCAGGAGCUCGAGGCGUUCAGAGAGGCCAAGCGUCACCGUCCCCUGAUCGCCCUGCCCACCCACGACCCCGCCGCCCACGGGGGCGCCUCUCCGGAGGCGUCCACCAAUCGGAAGUGAGCCAAACCGUCCUAAUUCUGCUGAACGGCACCGCCCACCUGGUGCUCUCCUCCUGACCAGGGACCGGCCCAUCGGGUCCAGCCUCUGACAUCUCUCGGUACCAUUUUCCCUCCGCGGGCUCCCCCACCCCCAGCCCCCAUGCCCCAACCUCCCCAUGUCAGGCUCUUUUCUCCUUGGCCCUCACCAUCGGGCGAGGGAGAUCCUAGUAACAUCUCUAAAAAUGUACAAACUCAAUUGGCUUUCAAUACCCCCCAAAACUAGCCCCCACAUUAUCCCAAAAAUGCACAACAAAAACCUAAAACUGUGAACCCCUAAAUGACACACACAAAUGCACAUCAGUCCCCUUAAGACCAACUGGCUUUUUAGAAAACACCAGAGCAGUAAUUUGGCUUAAAAAAAAAAAAAACCCUAAACAUAUCAAUUGGCUAAAAAAAA